AUGAUGAUCAAAGCUCUCAACGUGUACCCCAUCAAGGCCCUCCGCCCAAUCCACCUCACCUCCGCAAUCCUUACCCCGCAAGGCAUCCUUCAUGAUAGGACCUACAUGCUAUUCAAAGUAAACCCGGACUCGACCCUCCGCAAAAUGCAGCUUUCCACCUUUCCCCAAUGCGCUCUCUUCUCCCAGGAGAUCGUCGCCUCUGCCGACAGGGACGAUAAAGGCGAUGAGGACAAGAUCCUCGUAAAGUACAACAUACCAACACCGCCCCUCAUCGAUCACCAUCCCCUCCAGGACACCAUCCUCUCGGUGCCCCUCGUCCCCGACACGUCGUCCCUGGAGUCCGUCUCGGUCGACCUUCACGGAAGUCCCGCCGAAGCCCUCCGCAUGGGGGAGUCCUACGACACCUUCUUCUCCGCCUGCUUCGGCUUUCCCACAAUCCUGGUUCACAUCGGCUCCGGACGCCGGCGUGUCCUCGGUACCCUGGCACCGGGGUCGUCUUCCAAGCAGCAGCAGCAGCAGCAGCAGCAGCAGUCUUCCUCUCUCUUCACCUCAAUCACAUCCUACCUUCCCUCCCUCUCUUUCGUUCCGAAAUCCGAGGAUGACGAACAAGCCUGGCUAACCUUCACCGACUGCGCGCCCUUCCUCAUCACAUCAGACUCGUCCCUAUCUUACCCGUCCCUCACAUCAUUUCAAACAUCAGAUAAACCCUCCCCCAUCAUGCCCAAAUUCCGCCCCAACAUCGUCGUGGAAGACUCCUCCGAGGCCCCUUUUGCCGAGGACUUUUGGGCAGAACUCUCUCUCCCCGAUUCCUCCGACGCCAAGCUCCUCCUCACGGCCAACUGCGGUCGCUGCACCUCCCUCAACGUCGACUACGCCCUUGGCCGCGCCGCUCCGGGGCCCGAGGGAAAGCUGCUCAACACCCUCAUGAAGGACCGACGCGUCGACCCAGGUCACAAAUAUGCACCCGUCUUUGGCCGGUACGCCUUUCUCGAGGUCCCCGUCGCCGGCGGCGGGGAUGGAACGGUCCAGGUCCGCGUGGGUGACCAAGUCGUCGUCACUCGACGCAAUGCGGAGCGGACAGUCUUUGAUUGGGACAUACCGGGCCCCGCCGCGAAGAAAACCGUUGCUGUUGCAUAG